AUUCCCCAUUCCACAUUUCAAGUCUUCAUUUUCCAAUCUGAGUGCUCCAGUACUCAUUCUUUUUGAAGUGUAGCGUAGGCCCCUAGCUUUAAGGUUUGGACCAUGAUCAAAUGAUCAACGAAAAUGAACAGGGAGCGGAAAACUGAAGUUUGCAAGUUUUGCCAUGUGUUGUGUACACAUCGUUUUGUAUAGAAGAAUGGCCUUGUUGACAAGACCAGCUCUAAUUGGCUUACUUCCCUGUUAUAUUUUGAUAGAUUCGUGAUACUUGGAGAGGUGCAAGUUACAUCGUAUUCAACCAUGGGCGCAGGAGAGAGUAAGCCAGCGCUUAAACCCAGGGCACCGCACAUAUAUGCGACCAACCGAGUCAAAGGUGUCAAAGAGAUAUUUCUACGGGUCCGAGGCGACAAACUAAGGGAAACUAAGGAAUUUACUCGUAUUAUGGACGAGGCUAAAGGAAUGGUUGCCGCUGCUCAGGCUACAGGGAAGUUAAACAACCAUCAUAAAGACGAGAAAGAGAAGGAGCGGCGAAUUCACAACAGUUUGAUCCAUGGAGGUUUCAACCAUUUUCCGUUUGGCGAGACCAUGCCAUUUCCAGCUGAAAAUGAUGGUCAUUUAAUGUAUGUCUCAGUACACGACGGGGACAAAAUGUGGCUCACAGAUAUGGCCGUGGAUCCUGAACGUUAUGGCUGUGUUACGAUCAAAGGCGACCAAGAGGGAAUUAGCGUGUACCCAUCUAAUCCCAAGCCCUGCUGGGUCCAAUUGCAAGACGAUUGUAGUUCACUUUCCAGUAAAAAUUUGUUAGAGGUUGAGCGAAGAAGCAACAACAUCCCUGUUUAUCUCGGAAGAGCAAUCUGGCAAGCUGAUUUGUUGGACCCAGAGCGACAUCGUGUUCUGGUUUGUAAAGUGUGGCAAGAAAAUAGGAGAUUAUGUGUUUACCCCGACAUGGUGAGUUUUAUACAACUUGGACGUCCCAGGAUAAGUGCUCUUUCGGCCACAAGGUAUGAGUGGGUUAGGGCAGAGCCUGGAAACCCUGUUCCAGUUAAUGCAGUUAGAGUGAGCGACAAGGAUGGGUCUCAGCCGGUGUAUCUCGGGCGUAUUCAUGGCGACAGAGCUUGUGGAAUAACGGAAGUGGAUGGCAUGUUUAACAAAUUUAUUGCCUCGAUGAAUGUUCAUUUACUUAGUGGUGAUCAACUCACCGCGUCGACAGGGGAAGUUCUCCUGUUGACUGCAGAACCCAUGCAGCCUCGAGAUGGAAAACGACCAAAGAAAUAAGCACUUUUUAUUACAUGUACUCACGCUAAUUUUUCGCUUGAACCUGUGAUAUUAAAACUUGUUUUAUCCGUU